CACACAUCAUGAAAAGGAGAGGAAAAGCGGCAAAGAUGCUCAACAGCUACUGGGGAGGUUGACGUGGGCUUAACCUUCUUCGCCCAGGUGGUCCUCCCUGGAGCAUGCCUGUACUCCAUGAUGCCCCUGUUGGCAGACUGGCUACUGCGCCACUCAGUGGUCAUGUGUUUGCUGCUGCACAGCCUGGUGCUGAUGACCUUCUGCUUCCACCAUGCUGCCACCAGCUGCUCCAAGAGUUGCUACUGCUCUGAAAAUGAGGAGGGGGGCAAGACAGUGCGUUGCAGCAAUCUGCAGCUCACUGAGAUCCCCCAGGACCUCCCAAAUGACACGCGUCGCAUCUACUUGGACUUCAACCACUUCACUACAGUCCCAAGUAAUGCCUUUGCUGGCCUGCCCCACCUUGUUGAACUGGAUUUAUCACACAAUGAGUUAAGCCAGCUAGAACCAGGGGCGUUCAGAGGCUUGGGCUCUUCGUUGCAGUUCCUAGACCUCUCUUCCAAUAAGCUUGUAAACUUUCACCCUGAGGCCUUCGAGGGCCUGCGGGCUCGCGCCAACCUGACAAACAAUCCUUGGCACUGUGAUUGCAACUUGCAGAUGGCCUUGCCGCGUGUGGACCUGGAGCCUGCAUCGCUGACGGGCAUCGUGUGCCAGACCUCAGAGCCCCCAGACAUAGGUGUUGAAGGGCUGACAUUCCUGUUGGUACCAGAGAUAGACUUAUGUGUGGUGAUGAAGAAGACUACAGAUGUAGCCAUGCUGGUCACCAUGUUUGGCUGGUUCACCAUGGUCAUCUCCUACCUGGUCUACUAUGUUAGAGCUAAUCAGGAGGAUGCCCGCAGACACCUGGAAUAUCUCAAGUCCUUGCCCAGCAGACCAGGCAAGUCAGAGGAGUCUUCCACCAUUAGUACUGUGGUAUAGGGUUGGUAGAACUAUUCAUGAUGGGACCAGAGGUUGCAACCUACAGCAAAUACAAGGAUGAAGCCACAGCCUGCACCUAUAUCGUCAGUCUGAGACACUUGCGUCUGACUGCUGUCAGGAAGCCAAGGUGGGCAACAAGACAUGCGCCUGCACAAGAAAACCAGGGCAUUGCAACCUAGCCCACAUGAAUAAUUCAUCCAUCAGCUGCCCAUUAGGAGUUUGUGCUGGCUGAGUGAAUGGCCUAGUCUGCACACUAAGGGAAUAAAAGCAGCAGCAAGUUUUUGGCGAACUCCAAAUAUGGGAUUUAAAUGGGAUUUAUCCACUGGUGCAUGCACCUUGAUGCACAUUUCUCACAUACAGGCCAUUCAGGAGGCCACAUCAAACAACAACAUCAAGAGCAGGAAAAGGCAACACUACUAUUAGCAACUCUGUUACUGCAGUCCAGACCCUUCCAUGUGCAACUGUUUUCCAUUUAAAUCAUCCUUUAGGUAUUCACCAGUAUAUUACCAGUAAAGUGAUGUUUUUC